AUGUUCAGUCAAUUUUCUAAAGUUUUCCGAGGCUCUUCAUCCUCAGUCAUGUCUUUGGUGAGAAAGACUCAACCAAAGAGAGGUCUUGAGGAAUUUAUUGAUAAAACUAUUCUUGAAGGAAAGGCUAUGGAAUCAUGUGGAAGAGCUUGGGGUCUCCGAGAACUUCGUUUAAAAUCUCUCUCCGAUUUACAAAAACUGUGGAUUGUUUUGAUGAAGGAACGUAAUAUGCUAUUGACUGCUAGAUUGCUAGCAAAAACUAUGGGAGGUAAAAUUACUCAUCCUGAGCGUUUGGCAAAAGUCAGAACCGGAAUGGCCAGAAUUAAAAUUGUAAUUGCUGAAAGAGAGCGAGAGGCCCGAGCAGCUGCUAAAAUCGAAUUCGAGAAGAGAAAAGCAAAGGGUUAUUAUAGUUAUCCACAGGUGAAUGCUUUCGGAUUGCAAGCAAGUGAAUCAUCAUCCACGACUCAAGCAAGCCCUUCAUCACAAUAA